AAUUUGCCAAGGUCCGAGCGGUAUAAGAAGGAGAACGUUGUCCUCGUUGGGCUCAUGCCAGGACCAAAGGAAGCCAAGACGAGUGAGAUCAAUCACUACCCCCGUCCCCUCGUCGAGGAGCUCAAACAGUUGUAUGUGGGUGUGAUGAUCCCAACAGCCCAGUGUCCCCAAGGUGCUCUUGUUCGUGCUGCCUUGCUUUUGGUAGCCUGUGACAUCCCUGCUGCUCUCAAGACCUGUGGGUUUACAUCCCAUGCCAGUAUAAAUGCCUGCCAUAAAUGCGACCACCAUUUUCCUCGCCUUGAAAAAGGUCAUGGUGUAGACUACUCUGGCUUUGUCUUUUCCAAGUGGGUCCAUCGCACCGAAGAAGCCAAUAGGCAAGAUGCCACAACGUGGAGAAAUGCAAGUAGCGAUGCCCAGCGUACGAGGUUGGAAAGAGAGAAUGGAGUCCGCUGGUCGGAACUUCACAAUCUCGAGUACUUUAAUGCAGUCGAGUGCACAAUCAUCGAUCCGAUGCAUAACCUCUUCCUGGGAACAGCGAAA